UGUCAGGGAAAAGGCGUGGGCCCGGCUGUCCUCUCUGGAGCAUCGCUGCCCCUGCUUGACUGAGACCCUGUCUUUUUCUGCGAGAAGGAAUCCCAGCUCGAGGGACUCCAACGUGCCUCCCAAGCGAGCUUGCCUUUAGAAAGGAAGUAAGAUGAAAUCAAAGAAGAGGAAAACGCUGGGCAUGAAAGCUGCGGCUGCACCAGGCAUAGGUUGCGGUUGCUGUAACUCAGAUCUCCCUCUGCACACGUGGUUAGAGCAAAGCCCCAUGGAGAAUUCGGACAGCAGGACUGAAGUGGUUCUUCUGGCUUGUGGAUCUUUCAAUCCGAUCACUAACAUGCAUCUCCGGCUCUUCGAACUGGCCAGGGAUUACUUGCAUGAAACAGGGAAGUACAAAGUGGUGAAAGGGAUCAUUUCGCCCGUGGGGGACGGCUACAUGAAGAAAGGGCUGAUCAGCGCCAGUCACCGGGUGGCUAUGGCGAGGCUUGCCACAGAAAGCUCCGACUGGGUGGAAGUGGACGACUGGGAGAGCAAGCAGAAGGAGUGGCAGGAGACCAUCAAAGUCCUUAGGUAUCACCAACAGAAGCUGAAGCGUUUGCAUUCAACUAACAGCUUUGAUAAGGUCACCCCACUGAGCAAAGCAGGACGGAAACGGAAGCGGGAAACAGGUAGCCAGCUCCCUGCUGGAAAGGCUCAGCCACAAGCAAAAGGCGUUCCCCAGGUGAAACUUCUCUGCGGGACAGAUAUCCUGGAGUCUUUUGAGAUCCCCAAUCUCUGGAGGGCAGAAGACAUCCUGGAAAUCGUGGCCAACCACGGCAUGGUGUGUAUCACCAGGGCAGGGAACCAGGCUCAGAAGUGCAUCUACGAGUCGGACGUGCUGUGGAAGCACAAGGACCACAUCCACUUGGUGGAAGAGUGGAUCGGCAAUGAUAUCUCGUCCACCAAGAUCCGCAGGGCGCUGCGGCGGGGCCAGAGCAUCCGCUACCUGGUGCCGGACUUCGUCCAGGCCUACAUCGGGCAGCACAACCUGUACACUUUGGAGAGUGAAGAUCAGAAUGCCGGGGUGGUCCUGGCUCCUUUGCAGCGACACUUGAGGGAAGCCGCCAAGGACUGAGCCGGCGCCUCUGCGGGGCCCGAAGGGCAUGGGGUGCCCUUUGAGGGAGAGCAGGGCUUGCUGAUCCGUGCCAGCCUUCGGCCUCCCUCUACUGCAGUCGGAUCCGCGCUUAUUUUGUUUAUUUAUUUAUUUAUUUGGAAUUUUUGUAUGCCGUCCCAUUCGCA